UUCUCGUUCCUUUGCAGAACAACAAGUCGGCAAACAUGGAGUCGCUCAACGAGACGUUGUGGGAUGUCGUGAUCUGCGGCACAGGGUUACAACAGUCUCUUCUUGCCCUUGCGUUGUCGAGAUCUGACAAGAAGGUUCUUCAUCUUGACCCAAACAACUUCUACGGUGGUCCUGAAGCUGCCUUAACCCUUCAGGAAGCAGAAGAAUGGGCCAAGACGCAUUCAUCACAGCAGCAAAUGUCCCCUAGUGGGGACAUUGGUUGCUCCUCAGCGCCCUCGACUUUUGCAUCCGCAACUGUCACGAGGCCGCAAGAUAGCGAUGAGGCAACAGGCGGUCUGUCGUCUCCACGCGCAUACUCGCUAGCCCUUGCACCACACAUCAUCCACGCCCGCUCGCGGCUUGUCGAGCAGCUUGUAUCGUCCCGUGCGUUCAGACAGCUCGAGUUCCUGGCCGUGGGCUCGUUUUUUGUUCUCUCUCGCUCGUCAUCCCAGGAUACGGCAGAUCCCCUCAAACUCACUCGUAUCCCGUCAACCCGUGAGGAUGUGUUCUCGGACAACUCGAUUCCCGCCCGCGCCAAGCGGUCGCUGAUGAAAUUUCUCAAGUUUGUACUGGACUACAACUCUGACCCACAGACCGAGAUCUGGCAGGAUGAUGCCGAUUCUUCGCUCGCCGGGUUCCUCGAGACUAAGUUCAAACUCGAUAAGGACCUCCGGGCUUAUGUUCUUACCUUGACCCUCGCGCCGGACGGCGACGCCAUCACAACUAGAGAUGGCUUGGCUGCCAUCCACCGUCAUCUUACUUCAAUGGGAUACUUCGGUCCUGGAUUUGCUGCUGUCUACCCCAAGUGGGGCGGCGCGAGUGAGAUUGCUCAAGUAGCCUGCAGGUCUGGCGCUGUCGGUGGUGGUGUCUACAUGCUUGGUACUGGGAUCAAGGAUAUUAAAACCGCAGACUCGGAUGAGUCCGAAGUGGAUACGCUCAGCAUGGAGCUCUCGAACGAGACCGUGGUGCGAACCAAGCUUCUCGUCCGUGGCAUUGAAGAUAGACCGGCUGUCCCAUCCGACACAGCUCAAGCGACAGACAGGCAAUCUUUGAACAGGCUAGUUGCGGUUGUGAAUUCGCCAUUGUCAUCGUUGUUCGAGACGUUCGUGGAGGGUGCGCCGCUGCCCGCGGUUGCCGUUAUCGCAUGUGCUCCAGGCACCUUGAACGGCAUUGGUGACAUUGGUUCCCAAGAAUAUCCAGUAUACAUGAUUGUGCACUCAAGUGACACGGGCGAAUGUCCCACAGGUCAAAGUCUACUCUACCUCAGUACUCAGUCGACCACGGGCUCGCAAAAGAUGCUGCAGCAAAGCAUCGAGCCAAUCCUAGCUGCUGUGACCAGCUCAAGUGGUGCAUCUCCACCUCGUUGUCUUUGGUCACUGUCAUAUGAACAGACACGUGAAACCUCGUCCACUCAGUUCGAUGGUAAAAUCGUCACGGUUCCCGGAGUGCCUCUUACACUUGCUUUUGGCGAUGAUACCCUGGAUCCUGUCUUCGAGGCCUGGAAGGUCGUCAUGGGGGAGGAUGCUGAUCAAGAAAGCUACAUGAAAUUUGCGGAUCGUGAAGGCAUGGGUGAUGAAGACAAUGAUAUGUAAUGAGUGAAAGAUUGCGCGCGCCUCGUUUGAUUUGGUAUCUUAAAUAAUAAGCAUCACGAUUAUGACUACGACUCGUAAGAAG